AUGAUAUUAACUGGAAAGGUUCAAAGUAACAUUACUAGCGUAGCUGAAAGUGUUGUCAUGGAACUGAUAGAUGGAUUACUAGACGAAGGAAGAGUACUGUACACUGAUAAUUGUACCAAGUACCAGUGUACCUCCUCUGGCUUGACAGUUGCAGCACAGAAAGACGCACUUAGUGGGCACUCUUCGAUUGAACCGGAAACAUCUGCCUCCAGAUGUGAUUGCUGCCAAAAUAAAAAAGGAGACAUUGCGGCCCAGGAAACCAGCGAUGGCAUGGUCGUUUUGAAGAGGAGGGAUAAGAGGAUUGUGUCCGCGCUUUCAACAAAACAUUCUGAAUUGAAGACCGUUGCCAAAAAAAAACUCGCAAGAAUCAAAUUACCCUAA